GAGGAUGAGGCCCAGAAAUCAGGAUUUUAAAGAGAUUCCCAGUCACAGGCCGAACCGAAACCUGGAGACCUGAUUGAGAUUUUCCGCCCUGGCUACACGCACUGGGCCCUCUAUGUGGGGGAUGGCUACGUGGUGCACCUGGCUCCUCCAGGUGACAUCACGGGAGCUGCGUUGGCUAACCUCAUGUCCUCCGGGUCCGGGAGGGCCAUAGUGAAAAAGCAGCUGCUGUCCGUGGUGGCCGGGAAAGACAAGUACCGUGUCAAUAAUGAGAAUGACCGGAAGCACUCCCUGCUGGAUCCCAGGAAAAUUGUGCAGCGGGCGGAGGAGCUGGUGGGGCGGGAGAUGCCCUACAAGCUGACCAGCGACAACUGUGAGCACUUUGUGAAUGACCUGCGCUACGGAGUCCACUGCAGCGACCAGGUCACCAAAGCGCUCCUGGCAGUCCUCAUAACGGUACUCGGCACGGCGGGCAGUGCUGCCGUCAGCUAUGCACCUGGCGUGGCGGCAGGCAUCAUCGGAACGGCCGUGGCCAUCACAAGCCUCAUCAGGGCCCUGUGGGGCAGACGCAAGCAGGAAUAGCGAAACAGAGGAAGGGGCAGGGAAUAGAGAUAAACAAAAAUGGGAGAAAUUCAUCAGUGGCUGCCUCCUACACGCUUCCUUCUGGGGAUCGAGCCUCCGGGAAUUGAACCAGAGACCCCUUGGUUCAUGGAUCAACACUCAACCCCGGAGCCACACCAGCCUGGCCAUUGAGGCUGCUUUUAAUGGAGCUACAAAAGCACAGGAAGAUUUAAUUGAGGAAUUACGGCCUGGUGUGAAUGCUAUUAAAGACACAGUUGGGCUCUG